UAAUACUAAUACAUGUUACACAUAUCUCGGCCUUGCGUUGCGCAAUGCGAUCUGCCUCGGUCUACAUCGGAAACCCGCCGGUUUUAAUUUACCCCCACAAUUGUCAGAGAUCCGAAAUCGUGUCUUUUGGACGACCUAUAACAUUGAACGGCGGGUCGCUAUCUCUCUCGGGUAUCCGGAAACGCUCCAAUGCAACGAUAUCGAUUGCCCCCUCCCCCAGCGACGGGCAGAUUUAGAUUCCUCUGAUUCGUUUCGUGCCGAAAGGCUGGUGGCGUAUACAAAGCUAACUCAGUUGCUCAACAAGGCAAUUCAGUCAAAGUCAGGUGCCCAUGUUAUUAUGCUAUAGACAGAUCAUCCAUUUGGAUUUGUAUGGCUAACUCCUUCAACAGAGCACUGGAUAGAUAUGCUACAGAAGAAAUCCGACUGCAACUUCUUGCCUGGAAGGAACAGCUACCAGCUGAAUUGACAACGCUGGAUGGCGUCUCUCUAAGGCUUAAUGUACACCUACGACUCCACUACUGUAUGGUGUGGACGUAUAUCAGUCGUGCUGCCCUCAUUCGUAAAGUGCGAAGCUUUGUUAGCAACAAAAGGAGCAGGAGAGACGACACUAUCGCGAGUGCAGAGAUCCAAGAAUUGUCAAAGUGCUGUGUCCAACACGCGGAAGAAAUAAUUGACCUGAUCGAGCUUCUCAGAAAUCGCCGACAGCUAGCCCGUUUCUCUCAUACCGACUUUCACUGCUGCAGCUCUGCCACUAUUAUUAUCCUCCUGGAAAGUAUUCUGCAUCCUAGGCUCAGAUCUUACUCUAGAGUAAGCACAGCAAUGGAAGCCCUACAUUUUAUGGCCCGUGGCAGCGCCUUGGCAAGGAAUGCCCUGAAACAUGUGGAUAGUUUUCAGGUGGUCGUCAACAAAGCUUUAGCAGCCAUGUCUCACCAAGGAGAGCCCGGUUUUGAUUACCGCGAUCUCAAUCCCACAAAGAUGUCUGAUUCCGUCGUGAGACCGAAGGAGCCACAGACUGGAGACAGCGCGCAGUUCAUCGAAGAUGCUCAUCAGCCUUAUUAUGCGACAUCAUGGGAAACACGCUGGCACGAGGUAGGCGGCGAGACAUCAAUUAAUCAACCUUAUUACCAAGGGUAUGGUGGAGCGCUGUUCGAUGAUAUAGGGACAUUGCUAGAGGACUGUUCCUUUUCCGAUCAACAUUUGCUAGGAUUUGAUGGACUUUACGCAGGCAGGACACUUGACCACGGUGGUAGAUUGUGGAAUGCGGAUUCUGCUCCACUCUGACGAUCAUCUCCCAUUUUCACCCACGGUAUUUAAACGACAUGAAGAUAAAUGAAGCCAUUGCACUAUUAGUGAAAUGUAACGCUCCAAGAGCCGAUUGGAGAACCGUAUGUCUUAAUUAAUGUACCGGAACUGCUUGUCCCCCUUGUCGGUCAUAUCCCUCCCAGCUAUCUCAGCCACAUGCUCGCUCACCCCCAUCUGGAUUGCGGAUCGGCGUUUGUUUUCAUAAACACAAGAAAACCAAUACACUGUCACUGAGGGAAUGAAGACAAGCCAGCUAACCAGAGCCAAAACAAGGCCACUAUGGUAACGGGGCGCGUACUCGGUGUUCCAGAGCAGUGGUGCGCAAAUAGCUCCUACGGAAUAGCCGACGAAGAAUAAA